AUGGCGACCACAGCAAGGCCCGUGGGCAACCACCAUGGUCACCAUGGCGACCACAGCAAGCUCAGCGACCACGCCAAGCCCCAUGGCAUCCUCCAUAGCAACCACCACGGUCACCAUGGCGACCACAGCAAGCCCAGCGACCAUGGCAACCACCACGGUCACCAUGGCGACCACAGCAAGCCCAGCGACCAUGGCAACCACCACGGUCACCAUGGCGACCACAGCAAGCCCAGCGACCAUGGCAACCACCACGGUCACACCACUACGGAUCACCACGGCAACCACCACAGCCAUCUCCAUGGCAACCACUACGGGAACCAUGGCAACCACCAUGGGGACCACAGCAAACACGGCCAUCUCCAUAGCAACCAGCCUGACCAUCACUGGGCCCACAGCCGUCGCCAUGGCGACCACGAGGCCCACGAGGAGGAGGACCACGAUGACCCCGAGGACCACGGGGACCCCGAGGACCCCGAGGACCCCAAGGACCCCCAGGACAAGCACAAGG